AUUGUCCGAGUGACGCUGUCCUAGAAGUUAAAAUGUAGAUAUUUACGUAGUACGAAGGUGACAGUCUUGUCAUAACAUUUUCGAGAUGGCGGCAGCGGCGGUGGCUGCGCCGGGCCCGUCGGCAGCCCCGUCCGGACGGGCGCAGCCCGUGGCGUGCCCGCAGUGCGGCGACUUCUGGAGGGUGGGCUCCCUGUUCGUCCGCGACUCCUGCGGCCACCGCAAGUGCCGCUGUUGCGUCAUCGUCGAGGGCAACGAGUGCGGCACCUGCAACCUGCGGGCCGAAGCUGGCGGCAGCGCGGGCGGCUCGCCCCCAGCCGAGCCAAGCCCAGCGACAUCUGCAAAGGAAACAGCAGGUGGGCCUGCGGCUUUAGCGACAUGCAACAGUGAGGCCAAUACCACCGGAACAACCUCUGGGCAGUCCCCUGUACCCGAGACACCGGCUAGCAGCACACAGCCAGGGGACAGCACAGUGAAAACCUCGCCUAGCAGUGUGACUGCUAGCAACAAUAAAAAGAAAGACUUGCCUCAACAAAACUCAGGCAAGAAGGUACUGGAUGAACUGAACGUAACAAAUGCUAAUAAUGUGCGAGAGCUCACGUGGGAAGAUGGUGCUGACGCCGAGGCCGUAGAUGACCCCGAUCCACUGCCGGAGGGCGGCAGACCAGCUGCGAAGAGGCCGCCACCACCGACACACAGUGUUAUUAAGUUGCCUGGUCAGUUGCACAGAGAGACAUCACUUAUUUGGUUGUUCCAUGAUGCUCACAUUGCCUUCAGAUAAGUCUGGUAUACCAACAGGAUACAGUAACAGGACUGAAAAUGAGAUAAUGAGUUGGGCAAGAAAAUUUUUAAUAAAAUUAAGGUAUGGCAUCAUGCUGU